AUGGAAGGGUACGACACCUUGACCACUUCUUUUAGCUACUGUGAAGAGCUUUGUAUCUACCGGAAGUUCUCGCGCCUGAGACACCGCAGUCAGAUGUUGCUGCAAGCCGAGCUGAUGGAAAAAGAGGAGCAACUAUUGUCUCUAAUCACUGACGACCGGGAGUCGGGAGAUCCCAAGAGGAAGUCCUUUUCUAUGAACUUUGACGCCUUGUUGAAGGACCAAUCCGAACUGGGAUGCAGACAACGAAAGUUGAUGACGGAGAUCAUCCAUGUUCUAAAAGAAUACGACGAAGGUCUUCUCCGAACCCGACAAAUUGCCAAUCUCCCUCCAGUGCGCAAACCAAAUCUCGUGGUCCUUGAAGAUGAUGUCCUUCGAAAUACACCCGACAGGGGCCUGUUUUUCGAGAACACUGUCGAGUCUGGCACUUGGAUUGAGGAGGAGAACGAGUAUGAUAUGACAUCUCUUCUGGACCGGGAUGGUGGCACGGAUAUUCUCACGAGCUGGCUUACCUGGGUCAUCAUGAAGCCAUACCACAGGCUCUUUGGAAAGCAAGAGGUCAUAUCGGACAGGUUUCCAAGAGACUGGAAACCUUUGCAUCCGAUCAAGCUGUCUCGCUACAAAGAUGAACACAUCGCCAGGCUCGUGACAGUGUUGGCCACAGUAUUGGCGCCGAUCCUUCCUACCGCCGGGGCCUUUUGCCUGUAUUUCAUUCACGACGAGCUUCUGAGGCUCUGUAUGAUUGUGCUUCUCAGCUUUCUCUUUAGCAGUGCAGUCGCCAUCGUCGGAAUGCCCCGCAGGAUUGACUCUUUCAUAGCGACAGCCAGCUUCAGCGCUGUGCUCAUCGUUUUUGUUAGUCCCAAUGGGAAUUGA